AUGGCAGGAGAUGAAGAAACCAAAAGCAAGGCCUCGCCUUCACAGAGAACCCCAGAACCUUGGGAAAACUCUAACCAUCCACUUUUUCUCCAUCAUUUAGAUCAACCCGACGCAGUCCUGGUGUCGCAACCAUUGAUGGAAGAUAACUACACAACUUGGGUCCAAUCUAUGGGAAUGGCCCUCACCAUCAAGAACAAGAAGGGGUUCAUUGAUGGAACCAUCAAGAGACCGACUGACAAUCAUGAUGAGCAGCAACAAUGGGAUCGUUGUAAUACACUCGUCAAGACUUGGCUAUUGGGAGCCAUGUCAAAGGAGAUUUCCGGCAGCGUCAUUCAUUGCAAGGACGCAAGAAGUAUGUGGCUCGAACUGCAAGAGAGAUUUUCCCACACCAACACCGUUCAAUUGUUCCACACAGAAAAUACGAUUCAUGACUGUCAGACUGUGAACAGGGUGCAAACUCAGUCAUAUCAUUCUUCACAAAACUGA